AUGUACACUUCUACACCUUUCAAUUGUAAUCCUUUUUGCACUUCGGUGCCUUCCAUUUGUAACACUGCUAGUCUCAAUCAUCAACAACCUGCAGCGGUAGUGCCGGUCACAGUUAGUGCUAUUGACCCGGUUAGAUUCAGAGUAUCUGAUUUCCCCAAAUAUAAAGGGAAGUAUGGUGAUGUCUCGGCUUACCGUAUCUGGCAUCAUAAGGUCGAACAAAUUUUCAAGGUGAAGGGUAUUAUCUUGGACUCUGAUUGCUUCAAUAUUCUGCUGCUCUUGCUCAGUAACAAUCCUGCGGCGUCUUGGUGCCAAAGAUUGGGUAGCUUUGAAGGUCACACUUGGUUAUCGGUCAUGAAGGAGAUGGAGUCAGUAGUUUUACCGGUGGAUUGGUUGGACAAAAUUAAACAACAAUUACAUGAUCUAUCAAUGAAGCCGGGAGAACAUAUGAGCACAUUUUGUGCACAAGGUUGA